AUGAUCUGGUGCCGGUUACUGGGAUUGGCCACCCUGGUCACAUAUGUGGCAUCAGCGGCACAAAAGACAGAUGAUCUGGAAUGCAUGUUCCUCGGCUAUCCAGAUCUCGAAUACGAUGGCUUCGAUAGAACAGAGGUACUAACUGAGAAGAACUUUAACAAGACAGUCUUUGCCGAGGACGCAAAGUCUGUUGUUUUCUUCAACGACGUCGAAGAAGACGAUCCAGAACUGGAUCAGUACGAGUGCUUCAUGCAGCUUUCUGCUCAGAUCAUGACAAAACGCGGGUACAACUUCUUCACUGUGAACACCACAAAGGAAGUGAAGCUCAGGAAACAAGAGGAGGUGGACAAAGGAGAGGACACCAUUCAUGUUUACAAGGACGGCUUUAAGAUUGAAUACCACGGUGUACGCGAUCCGGAAACGUUCGUCGGAUGGAUGAUGGAUAUCCCUGAUGAUCCAGUCACCAUUAUCAAUGAUGAGCAUGAUCUAGAGGAGUUUGAAGAUCUUGACGAUGAAGUUGUAAGAAUCAUUGGAUACUUCGAGCCUGGAUCGGCAGCUUUGAAAGAAUUCGAGGAGGCCGCUGAAGACUUCAUGGGUGAGAUCGAGUUCUUCGCUGUUGUCACCUCUAAGUGGGCUCGUAAAGUCGGACUUAAACGGGUUGGCGAAGUGCAGAUGCUCCGACCAUUCGAGGAAGAUCCACUUUUUGCUCCAUCGUCAGCUGAUACAGAAGAAGAGUUCGAAGAUUGGGUAGAGAAGCACAAAGAGCCUGUGAUGCAGAAGCUAACCCUUGAGAACUACUUCAAUGUUUGGAAAGAUCCUGAAGAAGAUGAGCGCCUGAUUCUCGCGUUCGUUGAUGAGGAGACCCGGGAGGGUCGUGCCAUGAAGAAACUUCUUGACAAAAUUGCCGACGAAAACGCUGAACACGCUGGAACCCUGGAGAUCGUAUUGAUCGAUCCUGAUGAGUUCCCACUGAUGGUCGACGUCUGGGAGGAUAUGUUCGGUAUUGACAUCGAAGAAGGACCGCAGAUUGGCCUUGUUGACAUUUCUGAGAAAGAAGGAAUAUGGUUCGACAUUUCUCAAGUGAAUCUCGACGACCCGAAGAAACACAGCGACAGCAACUUCGAAGUGCUGCAAACAUGGAUUGAUCAAAUUAUGAGCGGAUCGAUCACUUUGGAUGAUGAUGACGAUGAUGAACCGGAGCCGAGUCCACCUCCACCACCAUCCAAGGGGAAGAAGAACAAGAAGGAGCUCUAA